CCAGUAGGACCAGUUUAACAAGCUUGUCAUGUCACAGAACUAAUCACUAAUUGAGCAGGUGUUACUGCUCUGCAGCCGUUUCAACCAGCAUGUCUGUGUCUGUGUCUGUGUCUGUGUCGCUCCCAUGCCUCGGUUGACAGUUGCCUACCCCAAAGGUCAAGGGGGUAGAGGACAGAGAGAAAGAGGCGGCUUGGCCUGUAAAUGGAUGGAGGAGGUAAAGGAGGACAGUGAGGGAGUGACUGCUGAGGGGAGCCGAAGACAUCAGAGUUCAUACCAAACAACAGCUGUUCGUCAGCAACAACAAAGAUUAUGGUCACAGAUUUUGAGGACACUGCGACCCUGGAAAGGCUGGUACAGUUUUCCUCUAGUAGGUGUAGUGUGGUCGGUCUGCCAGGUGGAUGCGCCGCUGCAUUCCUCUCUGUUAUUGGUGGAUGUGGGCUGGAGGCUCCUGUUAGUGUGUUUGCUGUGGAUGGUGAUGGGAGGUGGUGUCUAUGCCCUGAGGUACUGCCUGCGGCCAGGACACAACCAGGGGGAGCCUCCACUGAGGACACAACCUGAGGUUAUGACUGAAAAUAGGAAUAACCAAUAUUCAUGGAUGUCCCAGUCGAGGAACCUUGGCCACAACGUUUCUCUGGCCCUUGCCCUGGCCGAUGGCCUGCUGCUGUGUGUGCUUCAGGAACCCUUGCUAGACCCAAGUGUGCUGCACAUAAAGGCUCUCCUCUACAGGCUGGAAUCAGUGUCUCUCAUAGUUGGGAAGGCUGAUAUUUGGUCAGAGGUGACACUGAAGAAGGUGGAACAAGAAUCUAUACUAAUAGACAAAGUGAAUCUCAUACGCACCUACCUGCAGCAGAGGACGAGGUCACUGUGUAGACUCGUCCAGGUGCAAGGGGCUUUUGAAGCCAGUGUGAAGGAAAUGCUGGAAGGCCUACACGGCCUCUGGGCUCAGCUGGAAGAGCUGCACAUGGGGGUCACGCUCACCAAAGAGGGAAGCCGAGGCCACAGAGACCUGGCCUUGGCCCAGACAGACGCAGAGACUUUGUUUGCAGUGUUGGGUCAUUACAGGGACAGACUUCAGUGCUGUCAAAUUCAUCUGAAGGACAGCACACAACAACUGCAGGAGUUAACCUGGAGUCACACUCACAUAAGCAACAGGAUGAGCAGCAACAGUGAGUCCGUCUGGCCAGAACUGUUGCUUCAGUCCAACAUUGAACAGUUUGACAAGGUGCAGGAGAGUUUCCUCUCCCUGGAACAACAGACCUCUACUUUCCAGGCCCACCUGGAGGGCCUUGGAAAGGAGAAACAUGCAAACGUCUCUCCACAGACUUCCCUACAUCUCCACAGUGGAUGUACAAGUGAUGUGUCACUGGAGCAGUGUAACUCAACCUCUGCAUCCACGUCUGUCUCCUCAAUGGAUGCAGACACAGACACAGAAACAGACGCUCCUCUUUCACUGUGUGAGAGGUCGGCUUUGCAUUUGUCCUCCACUAUCGGACGCAUGCGUAAAUCUGGACAGAGGAAGUGACUUUGAUAAAAGUAUGUGAAUUGAAAGGUUUAAAUUAACAUGAUUAUAAUAUUUUCAAAUGUUGAUCAUUUGCUGGUUGCCCAAAACUUGGUUAUUUAUUGCUGUCUGUGAUUACAUUACUGUGUUUUACUACUCCGCUUUCUGUUUUUUUUAAAUUGCUUUUAUAUUUUGCUUAUAGUUUUCAUUAGAAAGACUGACUGUUUUUAACUUUUUUAAUUCAAAGAAUAUUUCUAACACAUGGGGGCACACUUUCACCACUUAUUACAAGCAGAAACAUCUCACAGCACCACUUCAACAUACAGUACUUAUACCUUAUAGUUAUCUCAGACCUCUGUCCGCAAUGACAGACCAUGGCCCCGACCUUUUUUUCCAAUCAACUUUAUAGGAAGAAAGUGUUGGAGAGGCCUCCCAAACAUGUGGCCCAUAAAUGUGUUUCUUCUGGAUCAGAACAGUCAGACAGAACUUGUUGAAUGAGAUGCAAGUCUUUGUACCAAAGUUUUACAUUAAAAGGUUUUUACAUUUAUCUAUGUUUGUAUGUCAGAAGUAUGUUUUUUUUAUGUGCAGGAGAAAUAGGUUACAAGUUAAGAAAUCCCAGACUUUUUUUCUAUUUUUAGUUCUGUCUCUCUCGAUCAGUGAGUGACCGCGUUGACUUGAGCCCUUCAAAGCAGGGAUUUCAGAUUGAUGUGGGGAGAAGUGGGCAGUGGAGGUCAACGCUGGAAGCUUUUCGGUUAUUACUAAAAACUGAGCAGCUCUCUAGACCUUUUUGAAAAAUAUGAGUGUCUUUGAUCCAAAUUCAAUUACCUUACAGCUUCAACACUGAUGGCAUGGAAUCAUCAUUUUCUCCACCAGAUUCCUGACUUUUCUGGCUGGAGCAACAGGAUUUCUGAUGAGAACCAAUAACUUCAUAGCUGCUGUUAAGAACUAACUGUAGGGAGUCUGUACAGUAUGCAUGACAUGGAUGUCAUUUAACCAUGGACUUGCCUGCCAUCUGCUUGAUUCCCUCACACUGGGGCAGUGAUUGGGAGAGGUGGGGCUGACCCAUGGGGGAUCUGGGAUAAAAGGAAUGUAAGCUGAAUGCUGCAGGAUCCGAGCUGUCACAACACCAAAGACACAAACAAAUCAUGUCUGGAUGGAUAGAGGGAUGUAAAGACAGUGGGAGGAGAGAUGUUGUGUAUUUGGUAAUUUGAAGUUAGUGACAGCCACAUGAAUAUGUAGUUACAUUUUCCAUGGAUCAGUCCUGAAAACACAGAACAUAACGCUCUUGGAUGCUUGCUUACAAUAACAAUGACCACAUUUGCUUUGAGGUCCAACAUACAAAAGACAACAACAGCAUUUUUUGAACUGAUUUAUUAAGUGCUUUGAUAAAUGACUACGAGGGGGGAGUUGAUUUUAUUAGAUGUGAAUA